AUCCCUCUUUGGCUUGGUCUUGAUAUUUGUAAAUAUGUAUCUCACUGAGACUUUCAACGGAUUCGAUAUCUUGAAAGGAGAGGGAAGCAGUGCCCGGGACGACCGAGGAGCGGAGCCGGUUGUUUAUCGGCUGAAACCAAUGGCCGAGGGAUCGCCUGGGAUUGACUCACCGAGCAUCCACUCGCUUGUUUCCACUGCCACCUACUGCCACACACCCAUAGCCUUCCAGAAUGUGCCCACCCCUGAUCAGCAACCAUACAUAAUAGUCCCCUCCGCCAGGAAGUCUUAUCGACAUCCGAACUGCCACACAUCUCGAGUGGCAGGGGGCGUCUCCGGCACGAUGGCCGUCGAUGUGACGAUUGUGCCGGGAGGCGAAGUGGAGACAGAGCUAUGGAGACCUUCAAGCCUCCGGUGCUGA